AUGAAUAUUUUGUAUUUUAUCACUAUGACACAUAACAUUGGAAAUUUUAUACUUAUAUCAGCACCGAAUGAGAAAACUGCUCAAGAAACAUGGGACCGUUUAAAUCAAGCCACUGGAAAUCUAUCAACUAAUUAUAAAUUUAAUAUUCCCGAUUUGAAGGUUGGCACGUUGGAUCAAUUGGUCGGGUUAUCUGAUGACCUUGCAAAGUUGGAUACAGCUGCCGAACAAAUAACGCGUAAACUCGUGCAGUUUUAUUUUGAUUUGAAAACCGAAGAUAAUAAACCAAUACCCGAAGAAUUAAAAGUGAAUGAUAAGGAUGUAAGAACGUAUAUUAUGAAUUUCAAAUGGGAUAAUGGAAUGUAUCCUUCGAGAACACCGUUGAAGACUCUUAGUGAAGUGAUUGGUCAACGAAUAACAAAGAUUGAAAGUGAUUUGAAAACAAGCGCAAAUUCGUAUAAUGCAGUUAGAAAUACUCUUGCGUCAAUGGAACGAAAAGCAGCAGCUGGUAUUAUGACUAAAGACUUGUCCGAAAUCGUUAAAGCGGAAGAUUUCGUAUUAAAUUCUGAAUAUUUACAAACAUUGAUGGUUGUUGUGCCAAAGGUGCUAAUGAAAGAUUGGUUUGCGAAGUAUGAAACUCUAACAGAUAUGGUUGUUCCUGCGUCAUCUCGAUUGAUCUUUGAAGAUAAUGAAUAUAAACUUUUUUCUGUUACUUUAUUCAAAAAAGUGAUUGACGAAUAUAAACUUCGAUGUCGUGAAAAUAACUUUUUUUUCCGGUUCAUUGUUCGCGAUUUCGUAUAUGAUGAAGAAUCUUUAAAAGCAGGGCGGACAGAAAGGAUGAAAUUGCUGCAAGAAAAAGAACGACAGUACUUGCCUCUUGUACAGCGCUUAAAAAUUUAUUUUGGUGAAAUGCUAUCUUCUUAUAUUCACGUCAAAGCCCUCCGAGUAUUUGUAGAAAGCGUACUAAGAUAUGGAUUGCCAGUGAAUUUCCAAGCAAUGUUGCUUGAACCGAAUAAAAAUUCGUCCAAAAAAUUGCGGUCUGAGCUAAACAAAUUAUACGUUCAUCUUGAUGCAUCAGCAGCAGGACCUAUUGAUAUGAUUGAAGAUAAUCCUACACUAAUGUCAUUGGGAAUGCAUGAUUAUUAUCCUUAUGUGUCCUUCAAUCUUAACAUGGAAUUUAUUAUUUGGCCGCAUAAAUCUUGA